AUGGACUUGCCCGUGCUCCCCGACGGUCCAUUCCACAGCGUCGUCGUCCCGAUCAAGUCGCGUCUCGGUCCUCCCAAAGGCGCGUUCUUUCAAGCCGGCGUGCGUCUCAUAGGCCUCGUGAUCAUUGGUCUUGUCGCGACCGACACGAUUCUCAACAACUGGGCCGUGAACGACUACCUCGGGAACGCAUACCGCUUCCUCACGCCAAUUACAGGCAUGCGAUCGGUCACCGACUUGGAUGCUACGUACACGUUCCUGCGCGGCGCGGCGCCCGCCGACAUUUCCCGCAUCGGCAACUGGAUGGUCAACUAUACCAUGGAGGCCCUCGCGACCAAGAGCAGCGACGUCUACCUCGUGUGGGGCGGCGUCUUUACAAUGACGCCAGCGAUCGACUUGUGCCGCGCAUUUCAAGGCGAGUAUGUGCUCCCGACGCUCAUCAAGCGCCGGCUGGGCCUCGCCAGCAACACAGUCACAUUCUUCCGCGGCUCGGCGCUCACCCACAUAUUUACGGACGAUGGCGCCGUCAACUUGGCGAAUGGCAGCAUGUCCAUCAGCGAUCUCAACGCGCUUGGGUACACGGCGGGUCGGCACCUCGUGGACCUCCGUCUCACGACCGAGACGACGUUUGCCAACAGCUCGACGCCAAAUUCGCAGCUACUCGAUUUUUUCCGCCUGAGUCCGAAAUCGUACUGCACCGGGUGCACUCCGAUCGCGGAGAUUGGGUACGGCACGUGCAACAUCACAAGUGUUUACGACGCGAGUCGGCAAGUGCUUAAUAUCACGACCGCGUCCAACCUCUUGGGCGCCGACUACCACCUCGGCAUGAUGCUGCCCCACACGAGCUUUUCGACCGCGUCGCACUAUGUGAAAGCGAUCGCCAUCCUCUUUGCGCUUGGCGGGUACUUGGCCAGUCGCCGCACGGUGCAGUGGCAAGAAGCGAAUGGCGCCUUGUCCGACUCGAUUUUUGCAAAGCUUGUGCGCAUGAUUUCGCCCAAGUGCUUUCCGUACCCGAGUGUGGCCCUCCGCUUUGACAUGUUUUGCUACAAUUCCGACGCGUUUGUCUUUUUGUUUGCGACCAGCGUCGUCCUCGACAUGGGCAACUGCCUCUUGUUUCUACGGCACAUUUCCGCGUACGCCGACCCUGCGCCAAAGUGGACGCAUACGUUUCAAAUGUAUGCGCUCACGACGCGCAUGCUCUGGUUCAACUGCGCGUGCCUCAAGCUGCUCAAGAUCGCGUGGAGCAUCGUCAGCACCGCGACGUUCAACGGCGAGAGCGUCCUCAUGGGCUACUUGAAUUGGACCAAUGUCACGUCGCUCUACGUGAGCGCGAUCGUGCUCGCGUAUAUUCCGACGUACAUUGACUAUAGCAACAGCGUCGCCGUCGACGUCGACCACGCGGCUUCGAACCUCGACACUCUCUUUGUUAAUGCGCUCGACGGCUACUACCUCCGCACCACGCCGGCGAUCGCGAUCGGCGUUUUGGUCAACGUCCUCGUCGUCACGCUGCUCGACCAAGUGUGGCACCGCGCGAGGUGGCGGCAGCUGGCGCAAAACUCGCUCGCGCGCCAAGCCAUCUUCAACAGCAGCUCGAUCGUGUGCGACUACCUGCACGGCAUUCAAGUUGACGGCGAUGGCGCCACGAUUCUGAUCUGCAGGGCGCGCCGCCUCAGCACGCUCCAGUGGUUUUUCAUGAGCCACUUGAUCUGCUUUGGCCUCCCCGAGAAGCAGCUGCGGCUCAAGAAACGCAUGCUGCAGUCGUCGGCGACCACCAAAGACGAGUCGAGCGCUGGGGGCGAAGCCAAGUGUAUGGUCCUCCAAGACUCGGACCGCAACGUGCACCUGGUCGAUAGCACCUUUUCCGACGUGACCGCGCUCGUGUACAACAUCAAGGUGCUCAAGGACACGACCGUGACGAUUCAGUAA